AUGAAGUUUUGGAGGGAACGUGAAAGGGAAAAUAAAGAGCAGAUCUUAGCGCCAUUAUGUGGGCAAGUUCGAGUUUUGGUGGUUGGUGAUUCAGGUGUUGGAAAAACAUCACUUGUACACCUCAUCAACAAAGGUUCUUCUAUUGUUCGCCCAUCUCAAACGAUUGGAUGCACUGUUGGUGUCAAGCACCUAACUUACGGGAGUCCAUCUAGUUCUUCGAAUAGCAUUCAAGGUGACUCAGAGAGAGAUUUCUUUGUUGAACUCUGGGAUGUAUCAGGGCAUGAGAGAUACAAAGAUUGCCGAUCAUUGUUCUAUUCACAAAUCAAUGGAGUUAUAUUCGUUCAUGAUCUCUCUCAAAGAAGAACAAAAACAAGUUUGCAGAAAUGGGCGUCUGAGGUUGCAGCAACUGGAACAUUCUCAGCUCCUCUUCCUUCAGGAGGUCCUGGUGGUCUUCCUGUUCCAUACAUUGUUGUUGGCAACAAAGCAGAUUUAGCUGCAAAAGAAGGAACAAAAGGAAGCAGUGGGAAUCUUGUCGACGCAGCUCGUCAUUGGGUGGAGAAGCAAGGCUUGCUUUCCUCUAGUGAAGAACUUCCUCUCUUUGAAAGCUUUCCUGGCAAUGGCGGUCUCAUAGCGGCGGCUAAAGAAACGAGAUACGAUAAGGAAGCUUUGAACAAGUUUUUCCGGAUGUUGAUAAGACGAAGAUAUUUCUCAGACGAACUACCGGCAGCUUCACCGUGGUCUGUUCCAACCUCAUCAUCCCAACGGUUAGACGAGAUCACAAGUGAUGAUGACGAUCAAUUUUACAAGCGAACAAGUUUACAUGGAGAUCCUUACAAGUACAACAACAACAACACGUUACCGCCACUUCCAGCACAACGCAACCUAACUCCACCUCCAACGCUGUAUCCGCAGCUACCGGUGUCGACUCCUGAUAACUACGCUAUCCCGAGAUUCUCUCUUUCGAGUGUACAACAUGAAACAAGCAACAAUGGCAGUGCCAGAUCUAAGCGAAUGGAUAUUAACGUUUGA